GGCACACGAAAUUAUUUCAGGACAGUUUAGAGUUCACUAACGAAUGUUUAUCGGAAAAGAAAAAUGCUUAUGUAUUUCCCUUUCACGCAAUUCAAAAGCUUUACGGUAAAGAAAUAAUGACUAUGAAACAAGCAAACGAGCAAUAAGGUACAAUGAACUGCUGUAUACCUCUCUAAAUUUUUGAAGUCAGCCGUAGCCGUGCCGUUCGAUAUGAAGUGUUGUUGCGUAAAACUAGCCCAGGAGCACCACACUUCCCCACUCUUGGACAAACAACUACUGACGUUGUACAAAAGCCAUGCCGCAAAUAUGUUUUGCAAUUGUUAUUGCGCAUCUUUGUCUUCAGAUAUCCUGUGAAUGCAUCAACACCCCACGUUGCGGUAGAGCGGUUCCACUUUCAAGAAUUGUCAACGGACAAACAGUUUCAAGGACAAAAAUGCCGUGGAUUGUAAGCUACGUUUACCAAAUUGGUUCCGAUAUUGAAAUCGCGAACUUAAUUCCUGCUGUCGCCUUUGUCAGGGUGUUCCUCCGAGUAUCGUUUCGCCGAGCAAGCCAAGUUCACAACGUCCUGACCUGCAGCGGCAGCAUUGUAUCUCCCAGCUUUGUCGUGUCAGCUGCCCACUGCCUAACUGAACCGAACGACAAGACAGCCGCCUCCGGUGUCGUGGUAUACUAUAACAGCACGGAAAGAAAAAAAGGGCCCGAAAUACAAGCAAAACGUUUCGCUCGCCACCCAAAAUUUGUGCUGAGCGUUUACGCUAAUGACAUUGCGGUUUUGCAGCUGGAAAAGCCAUUAAACUUUGACAAGUUUGUCUCACCAAUAUGUCUCCCUAAAAAGCCGCUAAAUAUUACUGGAAGGCCUCUACUUAUCGCUGGCUGGGGGCUCACCAAGGAAGAUGGCCAGGACUCUGACACACUCCGAUAUAUUCUGAAGAAGGAAAUGCCAUAUAAACAGUGCAAGCCUUUCUUACAUACUGAAGCUCAACUGAAACUUAAUGAAACCAUCGUCAUUUGUACGACCGCGGGGUCUAAAGAUGCCUGCACUGGCGACUCUGGUGGACCAGUGACUACAUGGAACAAACGUGGGAAAUUUUUUCAAGUCGGGAUUGUUUCCUUUGGCUACGGCUGCGCCAGGCCAAAUGAAGCGAGUGGUUACACGAGGGUAGCCACUUUUGUACCCUGGAUAUUGAGUGUAAUGAAACGCUACGAACGAGACGGCCACAGGAAAUAAAAACUAAAGCCAGAUA